GAGAAGUGUCUCUAAUACAUUUAUCCACAGCCAUUUAAGUUGAAUGAGGACUCUACUAUUUCACAGCAAAACCAGUAAAGUCACAACACAUAAUAACAAACAAUAACAUUAACGAUGGCUUCAACAACAGAGGCUAUAAUUCAAUUCGGAAUCUUAAUCCUAACCUUAUCACUCUUCUUCCUCACACACUAUCUCCGCAACCAAAAAACCCACAACAAAACCCGAACCCGUAACAAAACCCAUCAACCCGAACCAACCCGCCACCUAAACCAAGCCUUACACCACCUGAACCGGGCCCGAUCCACCACAAACCGCUCUCAACACGCCAAAAACUCUCUCUUCGAAGCCAACCAAGCUCUCUCUAUCUCUCCCAGAGACCCCUCCAUACACAUCCUUCGAGCCAAAGCUCUUCACCUCAUGAACCACCGCACCGCCGCUAUUAAAUCCCUCGACACCGCGUUUUCUCUUCCAUCGGCGAAGAUGCUUUCAUCGGAGGAGCGUGCUGAUGCGUUGGUGUUUAGAGCGGAGAUGAAACUGGAGGUGAAUCGGAGAAGGAGAGUUGAAUCGGCGAUGGAGGAUAUUGUGGAGGCGAUUGGAUUGAGUGGUGGUGAGGAAUGUGAGAAUUUGGAAGCGUUGUGUUUGUUGGGGAAGUGUUAUGAAUGGAAAGGGAUGAGAGAAGAAGCGAAGAAUGUGUUUCAGAAGGUUCUGGAUUUUGAACCUGAUUCUGUUGAAGCUCUCGGUGGAUUGAAACGGUUAGGUCCAUGAUUUUAUUUUAACCCGAUUGAAACCCGAGUGAAGAUGUGAAUUUAAUAUUAGGGAAAUGUUAACUUGUGCGUGGAACCCAACAUAGUAACUUUUUGUUGGAAUAUGUGCGUUCAAUUUAAUUUUUGAAUUUUUAGUAAAUAGAAUGCAUAAAAUUUGAGGGAAUACUUUUACUUUUA